AUGGCUUGGGGGGCCCAAUCUGACGAGAAAGCGAGGGGCCUAGAAGGAAGGAAUGAGCCGACGCGAGGGGAAGAGGAAAGUGUAUUCGACGGAUCUAGUGAUAGCGGAACCCCGUUCUACCGACGGGGCGAGCCAGGAGAUCCAGACGACCCUGACGAUCCCCCUCCAGAUGGGGGACGAGGCCCCUGGUUUCCUAGAGGAAGAGGCCGGGGAAUAGGGGGUCCUCCUCGCCGACCGCCAGGAACGCCGAGAGGAAGCGGCGGAGGCGGCGGUGGAGGAAACGGGCCGGAUGGAUACAGCACCGAAGGCGAGGGAACAUGGCCCCUGAGACCCGAGAAGGACCCUUUAGUUCCGAAAAUCAAGAAUGAGCUAAAGCCUGAGGAUCUGCCGGAAUGGGAUGGAAGCCACGAGUCGGCGCUAGAUUACUUCGCGGCUAUCCAGGAAUGCGCCGCAAUAGGAGGACUGAUCCCGGGUCAGAUUGGCCAGUAUAUGUGGCGAAAGUUCACCGGCGAAAUUAGGGAAUGGUUCCUCAUCCUUCCGGCGAAUUUCAAAACAUACAUGAGGGAGCACUACACCCAAGCCCUAUGGAUGAUCAUGAAUUACUAUCUAGGCCCGGAAUGGGUAACGGAACGAGAAGCCGAGUUCAGAGACCAAAGGUUUCGACAACCGAAAUUCCACGAUGAAUCCCCCUCCCGCUUCCUGAAUAGACGAAUCCGUCUGUGCCGAACCCUCAUGUUAGGAGACUUCGGUGGACCUUUGGAGGUUGAGAUAGUCAUGCGGAAUGCCCCUCGCCAAUGGCCUAUCAUUCUGCACUUGGGAUCAGUAUCGGAUACCCCUACCUUGCAGAUGCGCGUCCGCACCUUCUCCAAGAUUCUGGUGAGCGCACAGACGACGAGCGCCCCUUCGCAAAGAGACAUUGACCGAAUGGUCGCGGAGGCGCUGAGGACGAACGUGCGCCGGAUCUCCUCGUAUAACCCGGCCCAAACUCGCCGGUCUUCCAUGACGCCUGCCAACGCGUAUCUCAACGAGUCGGCUGACACCGAGCCUGAGGGAGACAGCCCGCCGAGCAAGGACGACGACGGCGAGAAUCAGGAGGCAGGGAACUGGGACGACGAAAUCUGGGCGCAGGCAUUCGCGACCCUGUCUAAGAACCAGAAGCCGCCUCCAGGGGGCUACCCCUACCCCGCGCGGAAUGAAAAGCGUAAAGCGGUCAACCUGGCCGACGCUCGAACGGAACGGUCGGGGGAGGAUGCAAAAUUGUAUGAUACGCUGUGGGAUAUGAGUGUCAAUGCAUACAUGGUUUCCCUGUAUGAAUCGCGAAGCGAAAAGGGAAAGGAUCCGAAGGCCGCUUUGAGACUCGAGUCGGAAUGGAAAGAGAGCUCUCGAGUCACUGCGGAAAACGAACGUGCGGCGUUCGAGGACGACGAUUCUACGGACAAAGGGGUGAGCUCUGUACAGAGCAAAGUUCCCGAGUCCGAAACGAGGGUGCGGCUUGCUAAGUCCAAGCGCAAACUCCCGGGGCAGUCAGCCAAGGACGUAUCGGUCCUCUCAGUGAAGGGCCGGAUAGGGUCUUCGCCCAGCUGCGAGAUCGAUUUGCGGCUGGACUCAUGCGCGGAUAUUACGUUGUUGUCCCAGGAGGCGUACGAAGCGAUGCACGAGCGCCCUGCGAUUAAGAAAGGUUUACACCUCCGCCUUUGGCAACUCACGGACAGGAGCACCGAAAUUUCAGGGUACGUGAAAUUGCCCUUGGAGAUCCAGACAGAGGAAGGAACCAUACUGUGUAUGGAGGCGGAGGCGUACGUGGUGCCAGGGAUGACGGUGCCUAUCCUAUUAGGAGAAGACUUCCAAGAAGCGUACGAGGUCAACGUGACGCGCAAAGUCAAUGAAGGUACACGAGUGUACUUCGGCAGAUUCCAGGAGGCGGUAAAAGCGGUCCCGGUGGAAAGGACGUCGGACCUGGAUAAGUUGCGGAGGAGCGCACACGGUCUGCAAACGUUCGUGCGUAAGAAAAUGUCUGCACGGGAGAAAGCUAGGAGAGAGAGGUUGAAAAGGCGAGCCCGAGAUGGACAGCGAUGGCUACGCCUGGAGAAUGACGUACGAAUCAACCCCCAUUCCGUGGCCAACGCGCGAGUUGAAGGAUGGUUCGGCGAGGACGACGAUAAGCCUUGGCUAGUUGAGAAAGCGAUCCUGGAUACCAAGAAGGACCCCUUGGUAAUUCCCAAUGUUUUCAUCACGGGGAGCCUCCCGCUAGUGCCUCUCACUAAUCCUACGGAUCGUCCGCGGCUGCUCAAGAAAGGAGCCGUCAUCGCGAAGCUUCUAGACCCUGAGAAAUACUUGGACUCGCCGAAGACGGAGACGCAGAGGGCGAGGAUGGCGGAAGGAGCGGACAAGGCGGCGAAAGCCGUACGAGUAGCCAUGGAC